GCCUUUUCUUAGGUCCGACAAUAUGGUGUGUGCCACUAAACUCUCCAGAGGGAAUUGAAUGUAAUUAUCGGAUUAGAGACCGCGGCUCUGAAGCUGGAAAUAUUUACUAGCAUACAGACGGACGGAGUUGUUUUUGCGCUCCGAUGGACGGCCGGGUCCCUGGAUAUGAUUUGACGGCGUUUUUGAAGCCCUCCUUUUUGACGGCAUAGAUUAAUCUGCGCGUUCCCGCCGGAGGAGAUUUUCCCGUCGUGCAGCGGAGCGCUUGACGCACGAGUGGAGAUGUGAAGUGGAGGUGGACACGGGCGUAUUUUUGGAACGACUGGAAGUUUUGAAAGUUGCCAGGAGCUCCGAAGAGGGCCAGGACUGUCUUGUACGAAAGCGAGCACCUUUUCUGUUAUGUCUGUCUCCUCUCUGCCGGAAUGGAAGCAACUCCUUCUGGAGAGAAAGAGGAGAGAGGAGGAGGAGCGAGACAGGAGAGAAAAAGAAGAGGAGCAAAAGUUUGCCAGCAUGCCUGCUUGGAAGCGUGGGAUCAUCCAGCGGAGGAAGGCCAAGCAGGAGAGUUUGGGUGACAGGGAGAGGGAGAGGGACGUCUGUCUGCUGCAGGUGGAUGUCAGAUCUCCCUCCGAUGGCCUGAGUGACACUGACAGCUCUGUAACUGUUAAUCUGGGAAGCGAGCCAUCGCUCAGUCCAGAUCCCGGGCUUUGGCUCGACGCAGAGCCCAAACUAGUGAGUCAGGUGUCUGCGGAGACGAUUGUCCCAGUGCAUGAAAACCCAUUUAUUCGCACGCAGAGUGUGUGGCGGAAAGGCAGGGAUGGGGAAGUAGGGAAUGAGCCAGAAGUGAAAGACAAGGAGCGAGACAAGCUGAGCCCCAGGGCUCAGGAUGGAGAACCAGUGAGAGGACGUGAUAUAGAGCUGAAAAUAGAAAGGUUUAGGGAUUUGAGUGAAGGAAGAGAAAAAGAGAGGAGCAGGGACAGGAGUCAGGGAAGAGAGCACAGCAGGGAGAGAUGUGAGAAAGACAAGAGCCAGUGGAAAGAGUCUGUUAAGGGUGCAGUGAAGGACCAGGAAUUCCUUAAAGUCAGAAAAGACCCAGAGGAAAAAGAUGCCCAACAACAGCCUGCUCUGUAUUCCCCCCUCGGACCUUGUCUGAGGACCAUCCGAGCUGACAACAUCAUCAUCAUUGAGCAGGACAGAAAGGGCAGUGACGAGAGGAGAGCUCGAUGGAGGGAAGCUGAGAGGGAGAGGGAAAGGACCGAGGAGGAGCAUCAGGGAAAGAGAGGGAUGAAGAUGGACCUGAGGGAGAUCCUGGCUGGUGGAGGAAGUGUCACCGAGAUCCGAGCCUCCGAGGUUUUGAUCAUAAAACCCUCGGCCAGCCCCGAAGACAUGAGCGCAGGAGGCAAAGGGAGAGAGGAGGGAGAGAUGAAGUGCAGUGGAGACGCAAGGAGGGAGAGUGGAGGCAGGGAGGUGAGGACUGACGUGUCCUGGCUGAAGGAGAAAGAGAAAGAAAGACCGUGGGGCCAGGCAACAGUUAUUAAUAAAGAUGACAGGAAGGACAGUUUGGAGGAUAAUGUGUUCAUCGAAAGAGGAGGGAGGGUCAGCCAGCUGCUGAGUAAAUUUGGACACUACCCCAAGCCUCCAUCUCGAUCCAAGAGCUCUGAUAACUUCCUGCAGCCAGGGAGCUGUAAAUACUUAGAUCAAGAUGAGCAAGAGUAUGAGGAGAUGAAGGCAGAUGGAAAAAAUACACAGUUGAAAGGUGUUCCCAAACGCUCAUUCAGCUUUUCUGACCGCGUCAUCAGCGCGAAGGAGAACGGCGUAGAUGAUGAAGGGUCUUGCGAGAGGAGAAUACGCGAGAGAACACAUUCAGAGCGGAGCGUGACAUCGUGGGAAGACACGACUUCCCCCAAGAAGGAAACCACAGCAAAGAUUAAGCUUGGAUGUGCUCGGCUUCUAGAUAAAGACCGCUUUGGGAAGUACAGAGAUGUAAAAACUGACAAUGAGAAGAGGAGAGGUGAGGCUGAAUCUUGCUUCCAGCAUAGAAAUGAAGCUAAGAAAGUUGAUGUUAUUGAUAAGAGGGCAGCCGAGAAGGCAGUGGAUGCAGAUGGAGACAAGGGGUUUACGGUGGCAUCUGUUAAAAACACAGAGGGAAUAUCGUUUGCUAGAAGAGUCCCGAUCAGGCAGGAUGUUCGAGCAAGAGCAGAGAGAGAACCAAAAGGUUUACCAAGUGAGAAGAGCGUUGAGAGGGCGCAGAGUGCAGAGAAAGCCGAUGCUCAACCUUGCGAUGCAGCUGAAUGUGAACCUGAAGGCAGCAUUCUAACUGAACGUAGUCAUGUCAGUACUGCUUCUACAGAGUCGCUCAGCGCAUGCCCCGCUACAGAAAGUCUCUGCAGCCAUGAUUCAGCGUUCACAGAGUGCUCCAGUUUGCCCUGCACAGUGACCCCACAAAAAAGGCCAGACUGGGGUACAGCGGGAUCACGGGGAGCUUACCUGGCUCACUGUGUUUUGUCCCAGCACACAGAGGAGCUUAUAAGUAAAAUAGAAAAAAUAGGCGAUACAACAGUUUAUAACAGUGAGAGGGGUUAUAAGCCUGCUCAAGAAAUGACCAAACAGGAGGGACUGACAGGAGGCCAAGGCAGUUCUGAGAACCUGGUACAUGAUGUAACCCCAAGAUCUCCAAAGAAAAUGGCAGCAAUCGGAGCAUCGCCAGGCCCUCUGGAGAUUCAGAUCCCCAGGACUGUGUUUUAUGUGGCAGAGGAAAUGGUGGACAGAAAGAAAACAAACGAGGGGCAAGAUCGGGAAGGAGGGCAAGGGGUGGAAAGGAGGGACAGCUGGAGGAUUGGAAAACCUUUGAGCCGCAUCGAGUCACUACGAGAAAAGAUCCGUCAGAGGGAACUGGAAAAGCUACGACAGAGAGAUCCUGAGGAUGGAGAUGGGAGCAAGGCUGCUGCAGACAUCGACAACGCUCAAACAGAUGUGGACAGGUGCGAGGAGAGGGGAAACGAGAAAGAGAAAGAGUGGGAGGCUGCAUGCGGGCAGGUUGAAACAGAGGAAGAUGCAGCGUCGCAGACAUCCGCGGCAACAUUUGACGUCACUCAGGAAGCUGGCGUGUUGAAAACCUGCCCUCAGCUUCCUGUUUCUGUCGCACACACACAAGCAGCCAGAGGAGAGGAACCAACAAGCAACACUGCUGCCUCUGAAGUUACCUCUGACAGCUUCGAUGGCUCCGAGGAUGAAGACGACCCUCUGAAACAUGUAGAGGAGCAGCUCAGGCGCCACAGGGGCAGACACAGGAACAGUAAAGACGACCAGGAGGAGGAAGGGAAGGGGCUCUUCGAGGACGAAGAGGUAGAGGAGUACACAUCCCCUCUGGAUCCUACACAGACUCUCUCCCCUUCACCGCCACAUCCAAACUCCCUCGCAGCCAUGAGUCGAAUCUACAACUUGGAAACGGUGGGUUCAAGGUCGGGCUUAUAUCUGAGGGAGAGGGCGGUGGACAUCUCGUCCUCCGUACAACUCGUGAAAGUGAAGCCACUUGUGUCCAACUCGCAACAGGGCGACGGCCUGGCGUUUAUCAGUGACGAUGUUUGUGGGGUUCAGACGAUACAGCGACAGAUAGAGCAGUUUCAGUUAAAGGAGCAGGAGGCGCUGAAAUCAUGUAUGUCACCUAAGAAAGAGGUGAAAGGACAGCCGAGCUCUAGAGGACUGUUGAAGCACCAAGUAAAAGAUGAUGCAAAAGCCCAGGAGAAAGAUGUGGAAACUCCUGAACUCAACUCCAGAGUGUCUCCUCAGCGUGUUUGUUCUCCAACAUCUCAUCUCAAACAAACUACGACCACCACUCAGUCCUUUCUCAGGAGCCAGUCCCCAGAUAACUCCCUGAAACCUACAGACUGCGCCCCGACCCCGGCUCCGUCUCCGAGUUCACCGUCCCCUACCCCCUCCCCCAGCAUCUCUCCAUCACCCACCCCAUCGCCCGUGCCCUUCUCCAUCAAGAGCGCCUCUGGGGGUCCAGUGAAGAGAGGCGCCACCGUGACGAUCACCCCGAAAAAACCUGCCGCAGCAGGAGGGGUAACAGGGUCCUCAGCACGGUCGGCGGCAGCAGGGACCAACUCUGCAAAGACCUCGUCGCAACAGACUCAGACGACCCCCGCUGCAACCGAGUCUGGGAAAAAGAAAUACCCCACAGCAGAGGAAAUUGAGGUGAUCGGCGGAUAUCAGAAUCUGGAAAAGUCCUGUCUGGUCAAGAAAGGAGGGACACCAAAAAGGGGAAAGGUGUGUUUCGACGAGGACCAGCUGGAGCAGGUGUGUGAGUACCCAUCCGAGACCUUCAUGCUGGCGUUCAGCUCCCACCCUCAGGAGCAGCUGAGGAUGGAGCGGCUGCAGGGCAGCGAGGCGCCGGAGGACGAAGCUGAAGCAGAAGGAGCAACAGUUGUGUUUAAGGGCCCGAAAAGUGUGGGGAUCGCAACGGCUCCACGCCUCCGAGUGGGUCAGUGUCACCCCCUUCUCAAAAGACAUAAAGUGUAGUGAGCCGCUUGGUAGCUUUGGAUCUCACUCAGGGCAUCAAAGAUGAGUCUUGUCCUCGAUAGGAGCCAGUCGCCUUCACCAAAAUUGCCCAUGUGAUGCGGUCACCACCAUUGAACUGAACUAAUGUGACUUUUAUUGUUUUUUUUUUUUAAUCCAAAUAUAUUUGUUUAAUCUAGCGUCAGGAGAUGUACAGGUAACCUUGGCUCAUGCAGUUUAUUGAAAAAGACAGACGUGUUCACUGGGGGGAAAAUCCUCAUCCGGUUCUAUAUCAGGACACUCCAGGGGGCAGUUGUGAAUGUAUAGGUACGGUACGUACUCUCAGCUGUGCACUGCAGGGAAAUGAAGGAUCACUUGUCUAUGCAAUAUCAUAAAAGGGAUCAGAUUUUAUUUUUUAGCUAAUAUAUUUCAUAGUUUCUUCUACUGUAAUGUCUGUCAGCACUCAAAACCAACACAAACAAAGACUCAGUGAUGUUUAUAUCAUCUGGAUUCAUGUGCCUGCCGGAUUUGCUCAUACAGAUGAUACAAAGAUCAGUCCAAGUGGGGUGUUUGAUUUCUCUUAUCUGGAGCCUUUUCAGG